AUGUCCACGGCGGUCAGUCUCAUGAAACUGUCCCUUCCAUUUUGUUCAUUCAAAUCAAGCACAGCUAAAUUUCCCAUCUCGCGAAGAACCACAAAUUCCAACAAUGCGGCUGCGAUCCUGAUCAUUGAACAAUCACCAUGGGGGCGGCUACUAGCUAAAAGUAAAGUCCAGGGUGAGCCACCAGAAGAAGUUCCAUUCAGGACCCCACGGGAAGUUCCUUCAGGGCCAAACUAUACCCCUCCUUCAGUUCCGCCAGAGGUCGACCCUGGGAUUCCCGAGACUCCUGAUCUGGACCCUUCCGACACCCCGCUGGAAUUCACCACCAACGAUCCUCCGCCAGUUGGUCGUCCCAUGCCUGACCCUGGCCCUGAUUUUCCAAAGCCCCCACUUGGGGCUCCACCAACUGGUCCCGAAAUUCCUGUCCCCCCACCUGGUAGGCCGCCGCCGCCUCAAGUGGAUCCUCCCUUACCGCCUGAUCACCUGCCGCCCCCAUCAACACCCCCGGAUUAUGUGCCGCCACCGUCUGUACCUCCCGAUAUUCCGCCAAAAGGUCCACGUUUUGUUUUCUAG